CACGUGCUCGAUUUCGCGCGAAUUUGAUCUCGAAAACAGACUGGACAGUGUUCGCCGCGAAAGUCAGCUUGAUAACAUUUGGCUUGAUUUUCUUGCUUUUUUUGUGAGAAUUUCACCGUGAAAAAGUAUUCGAGAUGGAUACCGAUGUUGAUCAGCAACUGAGGGAUUACCAGAGAGAGUAUCUGGACUUUUUAGAUGACAAUGCUGAUCAAGGAAUCUACAAUGAAAAAGUGAAAGACAUGAUCACCAAAAAUCGUCAGCGCCUAGUCGUCAACAUCAAUGAUCUCCGCAGGAAAGCACCAAAGAGGGCUCAUCGGCUUCUGACCAAUGCUCACGAGGAACUGAUCGCCUGCCAGCAAGCUCUGAAGGAAUUCGUGACCCAGGCCGAUACGGCAUACGGCAAGGAACACGAGGAAUUCUUCGUGGGCUUCGAGGGCAGUUUUGGCUCCAAGCACGUCACUCCGCGGUCCCUGUCGGCCCGUCACAUCGGGAACCUCGUGUGCGUGGAAGGCAUUGUGACCAAAUGUUCACUGGUCAGACCCAAGGUCGUCCGCAGUGUCCACUACUGCCCUGCCACCAAGAAGACGAUGGAGCGAAAGUACACCGACUUGACCUCACUGGACGCGUUCCCUAGCAGCUCCGUCUACCCAACAAAGGAUGACCAGGACAAUCCGUUAGAGACGGAAUACGGCCUGUCCACGUACAAAGACCACCAGACGCUGACCAUUCAGGAGAUGCCGGAGAAGGCCCCAGCCGGUCAGCUGCCCCGGUCAGUGGACAUCAUCACCGACAAUGACCUCGUGGACAACUGCAAGCCGGGGGACAGAGUACAGAUUGUCGGAACACUUCGCUGUCUGCCUAACAAAAAAGGAAGUUACACCAGUGGAACCUUUAGGACCAUCAUGCUGGCCAACAACAUCUCGCUCCUCAGCAAAGAAAUUGCGCCCAUGUUCUCGGCGGAAGACGUCGUCAAGAUCCGGAAGUUCGGCCGGAACAAGAAGCAGGAUGCGUUUGAGGUCCUGUCGCACUCUCUGGCGCCCUCUAUCCACGGACACGAGUACAUUAAGAAGGCCACGCUGUGCAUGCUGCUGGGCGGUGUGGAAAAGGUCUUGGAGAACGGAACCAGACUAAGAGGAGAUAUCAACGUUCUGCUCAUUGGCGACCCCUCCACGGCAAAAUCGCAGAUGCUUAGGUAUGUACUGCACACGGCCCCGCGCGCCAUCACGACAACGGGGCGUGGUUCCUCCGGUGUAGGUCUGACUGCCGCGGUUACCACUGAUCAGGAAACCGGUGAACGUCGCCUGGAGGCCGGCGCCAUGGUGUUGGCUGAUAGGGGCGUGGUUUGCAUCGACGAAUUCGACAAGAUGAGCGACCAGGAUCGUACAGCUAUUCACGAGGUGAUGGAGCAGGGGCGGGUUACCAUCGCAAAAGCCGGUAUCCAUGCCAAGCUGAACGCACGCUGCAGCGUGUUGGCGGCCGCCAACCCAGUCUAUGGAAGGUAUGACGAGUACAAGACUCCCAUGGAGAACAUCGGACUACAGGACUCACUGCUGUCACGUUUUGACCUCAUCUUUAUCGUCUUGGAUACGAUGGAUCCGGACCAUGAUCGCAAGAUUUCCGACCAUGUGCUGCGAAUGCACCGCUAUCGAACCCCCGGAGAACAAGAUGGCGACGCCUUGCCUCUUGGCAGCUCCGUGGACUAUCUCGCUACUCAGGACCCACUCAUGGACGACAAGGCUGACGAAGAAACGCAAGUCUACGAUAAACACGACAACCUUCUCCAUGGCAACCGAAAGAGGGAGAAGUUUGUCAGUAUGGAGUUCAUGCGCAAGUACAUCCACAUUGCUAAGAUGAUCAAACCAGUCCUCACCAGAGAAGCAGCCGACUGCAUUGCCGACGAAUACUCCAAGUUACGCAGUCAGGAACAGAGCGCCAACAACGUGGCUAGAACCCAGCCCGUAACGGCGCGUUCGCUGGAGACUCUGAUCCGUUUGGCCACGGCUCACGCCAAGGCCCGCCUCAGCAAGACCGUGGACCUCCAGGACGCUGAGUCCGCCAUCGAGUUGAUCCAGUUUGCCAUCUUCAAGAAGGUCCUGGAGAAAGAGAAGAAACGUCGACGGAAUGAUGACAGCGACGAGGAGAUGGAAGAGGAGGACGAAGAACAGGAACAGAGACGAAAAACGAAGAAGAAGAGGUCCCCCAGUAAGAAGCAGAAGAAGGAUCGUCCCAAGGAGGGAGAGGAAGGCUUUGACCCUUAUGACUUCGACAGUUACGAGGAGGAUGAGGACGACCCUGAAGUGACAAUGAGGUCUCCAAGUGGAACGCAGUCCUCCACAGCUAUGCCAAUGGAAGUGGACAUUUCUGAAGACAAGUUGAAGAAAUUCCGCGCCACCAUCGCCAAGAUCUUCACGUCGCAGGCGGAGUCGGUACCCCUGGCCGAAGUCAAGAAGGCUUUGGCCAAGGACAACCAAGACGACAAGUUCACACCGGGCGAGAUUGACGCGGCGAUCAACGCCAUGCAAGACGCCAACCAAAUCAUGUUCUCCUCCGGGAUGGUCUAUCUGAUUUGAGUCAAUAAAACACUAAUUAAUUUGAAAAAAAAAAAC